UCACGUAAAGCAUAGGACAAGUUGGUGUCCGCGCGCUAUCUCACAUGAACAAGAUAUAAACUGCGAUUUUGUUCAAUUGUUAAAGACAGUCACGUGAAAGUUGCGGUUUAAAUUCCUUCCGUAAUACUCCGUAGUGACCGAUGGACUUCGACUUCCGGGCUCUUUCCGGGUCCUCUUAGGCCUCCGGAACGACUGCGGUUUAGAAAGGUGAGCCUUUCAAGUGUCAGUGUGAAAUGUAAUAACUCUUUGGAUACAACCCGAACUACCCCCUCAGCACACCGUAAUUUCUGGGUCAUAUGAGACUACUUUUUUAUGUUGGAUGAGGAGCUGGACCCCGACGGCGUGGACAAGCUAGAAAGUGCGUAAAAGAAGUGAGUCAAGUGCAAAUAUCAGUGGAGUUCAAAAAAUGCCGCUGCAGUGAUUUUAAUGUGAUUCUGUGCAACCAAACUCAGUGUACCAAUACUAGCUGUGAUCAAUAAUAAUUUAUAAUGAGUUCGUACUUUGCCAAUUACAUGCCGGACAUGAGGAAUGGUGGGGUAGUGUCUGCAGAGCAUCAGCACCAGCACUAUGGAGCUGCCGUGCAGGUGCCCCAAGGACAGCCGGAUCCUAGCUCUUGCUCUGGCGACCCGUCCGUGGUGGGUCUGCGCCAGGGCAUCCCCCCGCAUCACUACGGCGGUCCUCCGGCGGCGGGGCAGCCGCCCCAGGGCAUGCCUUACCCCAGAUUUCCCCCCUACGACAGAAUGGACAUCAGAAACGCGGCUUACUACAACGCGCAGCAGAUGGACGAGUACCGGCCCGGCAGCCCCACCAACAUGCAAAUGGCGGCGGGCAAUGGGGUCCCCAAUAACCAGCAAACCCCCGUAGGUGUGGUGUAUCCUAGUUGUAAGUUACAAGGUCCCACGCAGAACGGCGUGUUGGGCCCCACCGGAAGUCCGCCCCUGGAUAGUGCCCAAAGUCUAAAUUCGCACCAUAUGGGACAUCAUAUGCAGGAACAGCUUCCGCAGCAUCAUCAGCAGCCGCAUCAACCUCACCACCCGCAACAGCAGCAUAUGAUGUACGCAGGACAACCCAAUGCCAACCUUCAUCAGGCCCCUCAUCAGCAACCGCCGCCCCUGCAGCAACAGCCGCAACCUGGACAGCAGCCUCCUAAUAAUAAUAACGCCUCUGCGUUACCUAGUCCGCUUUAUCCCUGGAUGAGGAGUCAGUUCGAAAGGAAACGAGGUCGACAGACGUACACUCGGUACCAAACCCUGGAGCUGGAGAAAGAGUUCCACUUCAACAGGUACUUGACGAGGCGAAGAAGAAUAGAGAUAGCGCACGCUCUCUGCUUGACUGAACGGCAAAUCAAAAUAUGGUUCCAAAACAGGCGCAUGAAAUGGAAAAAGGAGAACAAGACCAAAGGAGAGGGAGGUUCGGAAGGAGGUGGAGACGACAUCAGUCCUCAGGGAUCACCUCAGUGAACCAAACCGUAUUAAACCAUGUACCUAAAUACACAUUUUAGUCAUGCAUUUGCCUUUCGCUACCAGCGAAGGCCGUUUUGGCAGAACACUUCAAAAUUCCCCAUACAACCAUAUUGACCUCUUAAGAAAAUCCUUUUUGUGUAUAAAUUCGAUACGCGAUUGUAGAUCGAUUUAAUAGUUAAUUUAUUUAUAUAUUGUAGAUAAAAUAGUGUUUUUAUUAUUUUUGCGCGAUUUCGAAUUGGACUGUCGUCGAAAAUUUAAUUAGGAGGCCAGUGCAACGUGCAAUUCAGUGAAGCAGACGAACUGCCUAACAGUGAAGAUACAUCCCCGGGUUCGAAUUUUUUGUAUAAAUAUUUUAUAAAUCAAUGAUAAAACAUAUGUGGUUUAGAAUCUCUACAAGAUCCACGAUGAUAAGGUCAGUGACGGCAUUUUCUUUUGAAAUGUUUGUGACUCACGCAAGCUAACCUGAAAAUAUUCUCCCAAAUUGAUCCACUCAUGUCGUUCUAGUUAGCUUGUUUCACAUUUUAGACCGUAGUGAUUGUUGUUUGUUUUGCAAAAAUGUGGCGAUUUUGUUUUGGUUAUGUUAAUUUUAGACUGAAUUGAAUUUCUCCGUACUAUUUUUCCAUGCCUUUGCGUUGGGUUUCCUUCCGAUAGUUCCAGUGAUUUUGAAUCAAGAAAAGUGUGACAUUUUGUAGGUGUGUUAAUUUGCAACAAUAAAUUUAUGGAAUAUAUUUUUUUAUUUUAUUUCAACUCUGGAUUGUUGUGUAUUCAUUCAGGGCCAAACUCAAAGAGACCUUUUGUAGAAUCGGAAAAAAAUGUUGCUUUAUUGGGAUCAAUUUUUAAAAUAUACCUAUUCUGUUGUUUGAUGCACUUUGUUAUAAAGAUAACUUGAACAACUUGAAAAGUUCCCAUUUUCAAAAUCUUUCCUCUGAGUGAUAUGGGGAAUAUUUUCAGCCCGUUUGGUUUGAACCAUGCAUAAGCUAGAUGUCACCCCUAGAUAUUCUAAUCUGGCUCAAAAGUCACAUCAUUUCGAUGUGACCUCCUCUCAAUUCUCAUUCCAGUAUUUUCUUAAAAAUUACAGAAGCAAUUAGAACUUGCCUGCAUUGACAGUUGUGGUUUUUAGAUUAUCAUUUGAAUGAAAAUGAGUGUCUCUUUUUAGUAGUUUUUUUCCUUUCACUAAAUAGCAUGAGUGAAACUUAAUUACAGACGUAAUAGUCUGAAUCAGUUUAUGUAAUUUUAGCUCAAAAAAUUGAAAACCUUCUGAACGCAAAUGAAGCACCAUAGCAAAAUUUUAAUAUUACAUUACUUUGUAUUCACAUGAAUUUUUUGAGGGUAAUUCUGCUGGUCAGGCUAUUUCUGCCAACAAUUAACUCGUGAUAAAAUUAUUUUCAUUCAGUGUAGUUUCCGAGUUUUUGGAAAUUGCUGGUGAAAGAACAAGAUACUAUUGGACAAAGUUCAAUUUAAAGCCCUUUGCAACGAUAUACCUCUUUCCAUUUCCCUCCUUUUUAAGAUCUAUACUCGUUGUAGGGGGUUUAAUAACGAAACCGCCCCCCUUCAAAACGUAAUCUACUGAUUUGGGAUAUUAUUUUGUGGAAAAAAAUUCAAAAGAAAAACAUUUUCAAAUUGGCACGCUGUAUAAAAAACUGAAUAAUGAUAUUUUGGACAUACGAUAUUUAGAUAAAAACAUAACCCAUUCAAGAUUGAUAGUUUCAAUGUUCAUGCUUCUCAAUAAGUAGAGAAAGAAGUUAGCCGAAAAAAAAACAACUAAUCUAAUGAGAACUGAACUUUUAUUAGAACAACUAUUUGACUAUUAGAAAAUUCUAGAACUACUACAACUAAAAACUAACCUCGCAUACAUGCAAACAUUGUAAAAUUCAACGGUAGUUGAUGAGAUUGAUUUAUUUGAAAAUUUCAGAAGAUUUAGUGUAUUCCCCAAAAUAAUUUCUUUUAUUUUUAAUUUUCAAAAAACCAAAACAAGCAUAAAUCUUCAUAUUGGGUACCAAUAUUAGUAUCACAUCUUUUGUUGUCAAAUGAAAAAUGUGUCGAAUAUAACUUUUUCUGGGUUAUUAUUACUUUAUUGAAGAAGAUCCGGAAUAUCUUUAGUAGUAUCAUAAAAAAAGAAACAUAAUAUAACCUACAAUUUAAUAGGUAAUUAGGAAAAUUUGGCAUCUAGCAAUGUUUUUACAAUUUCGUUGAAUUUAACCAUUACUAGGAACCCCGUACAGACUUUAAAACAGGAAUCAAACAGCAAAAAUCAAAUGAAUUAAUGAGAAAACUGAAAUAAAAACUAUAUUAUAUUCAGAAAAAAAAUAAUUUAUAUGAGUACCAACAGUGUGAUUUAUUGUAUUGGCAUGAAAUUUUAACGUUGAAAAUGUCCAUGUCUAUAUUCAACAUGUAGAUAGUAUUAGAAAAUGUUUAGAAACAGCGAAAAAUGUAAAAAAGAAAGUAGUGAAAUAUCAUCCAAAUGAAUUGAAGGGGUUAUAUUUUUAAGAGUGAUUAAUUUUUUGGGAAAGAAAGUUUUUGGCUUUCUACU